AUGACAUCUCAUGAACAACAACAACCAAUCCAAUCAUCAUCCUCUCUUCAUAAAGUAGAAUCCUAUUCAAGUGUUCCAUUCUUACUCUCGGAAUCUACUCACGUUCCUUCUUCUGCAGAAACAGAGGCUAUUAUAGAAAAAUCUCAAAUCAACGAAUUACCAGUAGAUACAGUAUUGGUAUUGGGUGCUGGUAAUUUUGGAAUGGCACUUGCGUAUCAUUUGGCUCAUCAUUUGAAUGAUCGGAUCACUAUUUAUGCACGUGAUCAACGAGUGGUUGAUUGCAUUAAUCAUGACAAGGUAAAUCCAAAAUAUUUAUCUCAAAUUAAAUUGCCAGAUAAUAUGAUUGCUACUCGUGAGAUCAAUUCUGAAAUUUUGAAACAACAUACAGUAUUGUUGUUUUCAAUUCCAACUCAACAUAUGAGAUCAGUAUUGAAACAAUUUAAGGAAUUGCUUCUAGAGGCUUUUUCAUCUUCUUUCAAACAUUUGUGUAUAUUUGCAAAUAAGGGUAUUGAAAGUGAAAGCUUGAAACUGCCCUAUGAAAUCAUUGAAGAAGAAAUGGGCUUAGAUUUUGCUGAUCGAUGUGUAUUCCUCAGUGGACCGAGCUUUGCCAUUGAAAUUUGUGAGAAACAACCCACUUGUGUGACAGUUGCAUCAAAGAAUAUUGAAUGUGCAUUAUGGGCUCAAAGAGUUUUCCAUAGCCCUUAUUUCAGAGUGUACACCUCGGAUGAUCCAAUUGGUGUAGAGGUUUGUGGAGCUCUCAAAAACGUUAUUGCAAUUGCCUCAGGAAUUUGUACUGGUGUUGGUUUCCAAAUGAACACACGUGCAGCGUUGUUAACACGUGGACUACAUGAAAUUACUCGAAUUGGACAUGUCAUGGGCGCCAACCCUUUAACAAUGUCAGGUUUGAGUGGAAUUGGAGACUUGUUUUUGACUUGCACCUCAGAAAAGUCAAGAAAUUUCACAGUUGGAUUUCGAUUAGGAAAAGGAGAAGCCUUAGAGAAUAUUUUGUCUUCAUUAGGAAGUGUGGCAGAAGGUGUUCCAACCACAAAAGCAGCUUAUCAACUUUGUCAAAAGCUCAAACUUCGAUGUCCAAUUGUGAACGCAAUUUACGGUAUGCUCUAUGAGGAGAAACCUGUCAAACAAGCGGUUAAGGAACUUUUAGAAGAGGAAACAGGAACUGAGUUUUCACUGUACAAAAACAAUUUGUAUUGA